UCUCCAACUUAUAAAGAGGCUGGAAACCGAGUCUAUGUCUUGGUAAUGGUCCUGUGCCUGCGCAUUAAUUAGGACAGGUAUUGGAAACCCCGCGAAAUAAUCUGGCUCAGAUCUAAGCUAAGAUCAGAGCAAAAGGCCAGUGAAGAAGCUAGUGUAUCUGUCUGUACAUCUUCGUACCUAUACCGGGACUCAAGUACGUGUAGGUUCUAAUGGAAGAUUACGGACUGACGGACCAAGAUUUCCAGGGCAAUGCUGCACAAUUUGAUAUUGAGUAUCUGGAGCACAUUUCCAGUGACCCAUCUGAGCCAAGUGAAUUAGCAAGACAAAGCCUGUAUGUAAAAUUUGACCCUCUUGUUGGAGACAAUUCUCCUAACCGUACCAUUUUUUCUGCUGAUCAUAAUGCAAUCGAUCAAUAUUCCAGUAAAGGAGAAAACAUCAACACACUGGAGUCUGAUGCAGGCUUUCUUUCGUUACCUACUGGCAAGGAACUGAUGUAUUCUGAGGAUGAAGUGACAAAAAAGCUGAAGAUUCUCAAGCAGAAGGAAAUUGAAAGUGAGGGAAAAAAGUACAAUGAAGAAGUGGCUAUACUCCAGCAGGAGUUGUUGGAAGCACAGGAACUCGUAUUGCAGUUGAAAUCUGUUAAAGGAGUGAAAGCUACCAUCAAACAACUUCAUCGACAGGAUGUAGCUCAAUUGGAGUAUAAGCAUCAACAAUGGGAAGCUCUUAGUGCCAAACACGAGGACCUGGAGGCAGUAAUCGUGGAUUGCCAUGAAAAAAGGAAGAAGGCAAUGGUGUCACACCAAGAAAAGACGGUUACCGCUGAAAGGAGUCUACUUUCUCUGGAGCACUCAUUGGAAGAUUUAAUGCAGAGAUACUCUUCUUUAAAAAAUCAUUCGUCUAAUUUGGAAGAUCGUCAAGUCAAAUUAAAGCAAGAUAUUGAGAAUUUAGAGACAGGCUUUCAAAGAUUCAGUGAAGAAUACCGUAAACUAAAACAACAACAGAUAUCUCUCGUUGACAAGGGAAAUACGUCUUACGAGUCACUCCAAAAAGAACUCGCAUCCAAGUUGGCAGUGGAAAGAGUAACCACCAAAAAACUUGAACUACGAGUUGUUACGCUUACCUGUGAACAGGAAAAUAAGACAAGGGACUUAGAGCUUGUCAGUGGUGUAAACUUACUUCUCUAGAGUACCUCCCAGCUUCUGAGUGAUCGAUAGUGGAUAGGAGAGCUAGAAACAGUUGAAAUACAACCUGAGUACGGUAAAAACUAAAAUAUUCGCGAGCGCGAAAUCAUAAUGCGGAGUGUUUCACCCGUUGACACCCGUCUGCUUACCUGGAUGCUCUAGCACUGCGUUUACAGCAUGGGUAGCCUCCACACAACAAGUCAGUACUUUUAGUAGUGGCAGCUUUCGGUGUUAAAGCUUCGUUGUCUAAUAAAAGCGAAGCUUGAACCAGAUUGGAAACACAGGCAACUAGAGCAUUGAAGUGCAAACCCUCGGCUGUGACAUGAUUAUAAAGAAACCAGAAGAGUGAUAUAAUGCAGUGCAUGUAGUGAUGUAUGACUGAGCUGUCUAGCACUGCAACUCAGGAGCAAUAAAACUAAACCAGACUGGAGGCAUGCUGAAACAUUGAGAACAGAGUUUUAGUGGUACAUGAGUUGAACUAGGUCCUAGUCUAGGAUCACAGCAAAGAAGCCUGGAAUCUCAGAGAAGUAUGACUCUUGGAUAGAGUAGGAUCCCAGAGUCAGCUAGCUAACAGACAACAAACAAGUCAGAAUUCUAGCUUUCUAUUGUAGUGACCUUUUCCACUGUUUUUGGUACGGGAUCACUUCAGCUGACAAGAUGGUGCCAGAUUAGACGUGGCAGCAGAUGGUUUUUAGGGAAGCAGGUUUGAGAGAGCAUUUUUUGAUGUUAGGGUGUUCAACCCGUACGCUCCCUCAAACAGGCAACCGCAACUAUCCACAACCUACCGCAAGCAUGAAAACAUAAAGAAGAUAGCCUAUGACCAACGAAUCAGAGAUGUAGAAAACUCGACCUUCACUCCCCUCAUCCUGUCAAGUACUGGGGGCCUUGGACGUGCCGCUAUACCUCCAUCUACAAGAGAUUGGCGUCUCUCCUGUCAACAAAAUGGGAUCAGCCCUACAGCACCACCAUGGGAUGGAUCAGAUGCAGGCUGUCCUUCUCUCUCUCUCCUCAGAUCAGCCAUCAUGUGCAUUAGGGGGGCCCGAUCAAGCCAAGGGCACGCCACCAGACAGCCCCCUAUCGACCUAGUGACAAGCGAGUCCCUGGUCCCACCCCACCCAUGAACUAAUUACACAUGACUUAUUUGCCUGCAUGGUUCCUCGUUAUUAUUAUUUAUUCUUUUGUACAUGUAAUUCUUUUUAGCCCCGAGAUGGGAGAGCUUUCACGAAAAAAAUACAGAGAGUGCCUCGAAUAAAGGCCGCGUGUAGUUAGCUAGCUAGCUAGAUCUAGCUGCCAAUGUGCAAGUUCAAGCUUCUUAGUUUUUGCUCGCUUUUAUUCGACAACAAAGCUCUAACAUCGAAAUCUACCAUUGUUAAAACUAAUAACUUACUGUGUGAAGGCUAUCCAUGCUAUAAACGCAGUGCUGUGGCAGCCAGGUGAUCAGACCCAGAAAUGACAAACCACACGACUACUAUACCCGUGGCCGCCCACGCGCGCCUCGGGUAAUUAGCACUAUUUCACACGGACCGUCCUCAAUUAUAGCCGCGACCAUGGAUGCAGCUUAAAGUGCUGAGCUUGCAAUAAACUUUUUGUGCACUAAUGGCAGUUUAUGCUAAACUAAAAGCUUAAGCAAGCUUAUGUCAUGCAUGACAACAAUGAACAAUCAAUACUUCCUCUACUAUCUAUGCUUUUGCGCUUGAACAGAACUGCGUUACUUAUAACUGAAGUGAUCCUGUACCAGGUCCGGAACAGGGUCACUAAAGUAGAAAGCUGUAUAAUUAUACCAGGAACAAUGGAACAGGGUCACUAAAGUAGAAAGCUUGCUUUAGCUGACUGGGAUCCAUGCAGGACUGGAGCCAUACUUCUCUGAGACUCCAGGCUUCUUUGCUGGGAUCCUAAUCCACAGUGCACAUAUAUCUAUAGUACUACUACCUGUUCUCAAAUGUUUCAGCAUGCCUCCAGUCUGGUUUAGUUUUAUUGCUGAGUUGCUGUGCAAGUCAUGCAUGAUGAUGAUAACACCAUCACUAUAUGCACUGCAUUAUAUCAGUCUUCUGGUUUCUUUAUAAUCACGUCCCCAGCCGAGGGUUUGCACUUUAGUGCUCUAGUUGGAUGCGCUGUCACGUGUGCUUUUUAUUUUUGUAGUGUCACUUGCUGUAAUCACUAGAGCACUAAAGUGCUAACCCUCGGCUGGUGACAUGACUUAUAAAGAAACCAUGUAGCGAGAAACCAGACUGGAGGCAUGCUGAAACAUUAAUUUUGAGAACAGAGUUUUAGUGGUACAUAAGACAUGCACUGUGGACUGGGAUCACAGCAAAGAAACCUUGAGUCUUAGAGAAGCAUGGCUCCUAACAGGCUGGAGUAUAUCAGCCAACAACCAGUCACAAUUCUAGCUUUCUACUUUAGUGACCCUGUUCCAUUGUUCCUGGUACGGGAUCACUUCACCUGUAAAUACGUAGGCUAUCUCUCCUGAAGUAACGGUAAGUGAACACCUAGAACCACUGGAAAGAAUCAAACUCAUCCCCGCAAUGAAUGGAGUAACUGCAAUGACUAUAGUUACUCUGGCAUGCUGAGAUGUACCUUUGGGUGACCCAUGGGUCAUCUGUAGAUACUAUGGUACUAUAGUUACUCUGCAUGCUGGUGGGUGCUGGGGUGUACCUUUGGGUGACCCACGGGUCAUCUCUAGAUACUAUGGACUAUAGUUACUCUGAGCAGUAAGUAGUUCUUAUGAUCACCUAUAUAUCGUGAUGGCGUUGUUGGACAUGGAUGCCACUUACUACCAAGAAGCAUGGGAAAACCAGCUCAUGGCCAAAGGAGCUUACAACAAUCAGAAGCUGCCAGCCUCCUCAAACCAACACUCCCCAGCACCCUUCAAACCAACACUCAAUGGCACUAGCCCAGGAGAAAGGAGCCUCAAGCUGGCUGACCGCCCUUCCCCGGUCAGAAUUUGGUUUCAACCCUACACAAAUGUGCUUUCCGUGACGCCCUAUACCUGAGAUACGGCUGGCUACCCUCACGCACCCCUAUUAAUUGUAAAUGUGGAAAUAAGUUGCCCUUCCCCUGUCAGAAUUUGAUUUCAACCUACACAAAUGUGCUUUCCGUGACGCCCUAUGCUGAGAUACGGCUGGCUACCCUCACGCACCCCACAUUGUGAAUGUGGAAAUAAGUUCUCUGUCAAACAUGUCUUAUCAUGCCCCAAGGGAGGGUUUCCAUCAUUAUGUCACAUCGACUUCAGAGAUAUAACGACCAACCUCCUAUCAAAAGUCUGCAACAACGUAUGCACUGAACCACACCUGCAGCCAAUCUCGGGAGAGCACUGAAGUGCAAACCCUCGGCUGUUGACAUGAUCUACAGGUGUAUAGCAACCAAAAGAGUGUUAUGCAAUGCUGGCUAAGCAGCAAGUAACAGCAGCUAGAGGCAUGUUGAGAUUGGAGUUUUAGUAUAAUUGUACAUCCUAACCCUCAGCUGUUGUCAAGAUCUAUAGGUGUAGCAACCAAAAAGAGUGUUGUACAAUAAAAGUAGGCUUAAGCAGCAGUAACAUGCAGUAAUAGGAGCUAUAAUUCUAGCUUUCUACUUUAGUGACCCUGUUCCAUUGUGCUUUCAUUUCUAUUUGUGUUGAGGGUUGACCUUCAUCAUGUUGUUAUAACUUCGUCAUCCUUCACUGAAAUUCACACCAUUGGAUCUGGGCUGGACCAUGCAUUGUUACAUAGAAUUUAAUGAGUCUUGUUUCUUACAACAUGCAGACAGUGCAAUACAGAUAAGCACUGUUUCCUCAACAAGAGACAGCUUCUCACUCUUGCAGCUACCAAUCGCUAGCGUUCUAGUGCAUAGCUAAGUGGAGUAGCAACACUCCAUGGACAAGUUUUUCUACGCACUCUUCUGAAAAGGCUGCAAUGACAUUCCAAGUAGUCUAGGCAUAACUCGAGAACCAAGCCAAAUUAAAAGAAGCCUAUAGAAACUCUUAAUACUUGCACUUUAUUGAUCUUUGAGCAGCUGAGUCUACACACACUGCCUCGCUUGCGCAUGCGCACUGGGCCAGGUUAGCAGGUUUGAAAGAAAAUAUUGAUUCCGCGUAGUUCCAGUCCCUCUUUUUUCCUUUUUCUGAUCUAUGCUUCAGAUACCUGUAGGUUUCCCCAUUCGAUUACUAUGC